CACUGCUGCGCUGCCUCCUUCCCUGGGCACCGAGCUCAGGCAGCUCAGUGUGGGGCCAGCGCUGGGGUGGACAGAGGGACCAGCCUGGCAGCCACAGGAGGCUGGACAGCUGGGUGCCCCCUUCCCAGGCCUGAGACACCUGAUGUGGAGUUGGCAUUGGAUGGAGGCUGUUGGUGAAAUUUUCUGGAAGGUAUCACUCCCCCAGUGGGGUGCGCCGGCCCGUGAGCUGUGAGCGGAGCCGCGAGGAAGCUGCGCUCCCCAGGCCCGGAGAUGGCUGCAAACUGCUCCUGGGAGGCCCAUCCCACCAACAGGAACAAGAUGUGUCCGGGCGUGAGCGAGGCCGCGGAGUUCCACAGCCGCGGCUUCCUGACCAUCGAGCAGAUCGCCACGCUGCCGCCGCCGCCCGUGGUGAACUACAUCUUCCUGCUGCUCUGCCUGUGCGGCCUGGUGGGCAACGGGCUAGUGCUCUGGUUCUUCGGCUUCUCCAUCCGGAGGAGCCCCUUCUCCGUCUACUUCCUGCACCUGGCGGGCGCCGACGUGGGCUACCUCGCCAGCAAGGCCGUGCUGUCCGUCCUGAACACCGGCGGCUUCCUGGGCCCCUUCGCCCAGUACGUCCGGGCCGUGUCCAGGAUCCUGGGGCUCGGCACGUUCCUCGCCGGCGUGAGCCUCCUGCCAGCCAUCAGCGCCGAGCGCUGCCUGUCGGUCAUCUUUCCCGCCUGGUACUGGCGGCAGCGGCCCAAGCGCCUGUCGGCGGUGGUGUGCGCCCUGCUCUGGACCCUGUCGCUCCUGGUCACCGGCAUCCACCACUACUUCUGCGUGUUUCUGGGCCGCCAGCCCCCCCGGGCGGCCUGCACGCACAUGGACAUCUUCCUGGGCAUCCUGCUCUUCCUGAUCUUCUGCCCGCUCAUGGUGCUGCCCUGCCUGGCGCUCAUCGUGCACGUGGAGUGCCGGGCCCGGCGGCGCCAGCGCUCCUCCAAGCUCAACCACGUCAUCCUGGCCGUGGUCUCGGUCUUCCUCGUGUCCUCCAUCUACCUGGGGAUCGACUGGUUCCUCUUCUGGGCCUUCCGGAUCCCGGCCCCCUUCCCCGAGUACGUCACCGACCUGUGCAUCUGCAUCAACAGCAGCGCCAAGCCCGUCGUCUACUUCCUGGCCGGGCGGGACAAGUCCCAGCGGCUGUGGGAGCCUCUCCGCGUGGUCUUCCAGCGCGCCCUGCGAGACGGCGCCGAGCUGGCCGAGGCCGGGGCCGGCACACCCAACACGGUCACCAUGGAGAUGCAGGGCCCCUCUGGGAACGCCUCCUGAGAGAUGGGCACCUGGAGGGGAGGCGGGGACCACAGGGACCUCCAGAGACCCUUUGCCGGGGACAGGGCCUGGGCAGCUGCCCCGGUGGCCGAGUACAAGGAGGAAAGUCUGCUUCCGGCCCCUCGGGCCUCCUUCUCCCGGGGCGGGAGGCUCUGUGAGCGGCCAAGAGGCUGAGCAGCCACCUGCACACGGACCCUGUGGUCCUGCCAGGCUCCCCCCUGCGUCCUCCUGCAUCAGCAGCACCCACUGUACAGAGGUGACCCCCCGGUGGGGGACUCUCCUCACCCCAGGCUGGUCUGGAAAGGAGAGGAGGGGGCCGCCAAGCCCUGUCCACCUGCUGCCCCUCUGAACGAGCCCCCCCUUGAAGGUGACACAGCCAUCACAGCACCGGCGGGCCGCCAGCACCUCCCGCCGUGGGGCACCUGUUCUCGCCACGCCACCCGCUCGAGGCAGCGUUGGUGGCAGAGCUGAGCAAGGGGGACUCUCUGAGAGGGGGUCCGGGAUAACCUGCCUGUGGCUCAGUCUUCCUGCAGGUGAUGUCCCUGCCCCCUGGGGGAGUCCUUGGUGACGUUCAUGGGUGUGUUUCUGGGCCCAGCAGGCAGGUGGGCACAGGAGGACCUUCAGCCAGCUCAGAAAGGUCACCCUCCUUUCUGGCUCCACGCCCGCCUCGGCAGCCUUCCGGAGCACACGGCGUGCGCCCGCUGCCGCCCGUGGGCCUCGGGUGCCUGCAGACCAUCCAGAAGUGGGCACUGGUUCUACCUGGCCACCCAGCCCAGCUCCAAGCACAGUGGCCCAGCGCCGCCAAAGGAAGUUUUAUGAAAUAAAUGUACAUCAAUAAACAUUUUAU